GUGCACAAUGCGCAUGUCCGUGAGGAACGACUGUUUCACUCCAUUCAGUCGCUGUAGGAGUUAGUUUACUCGAACUCAAACACGUCUAUGUCCAAGAAACUUGCAAUGUUAACAUUUUUAGGGUCCAGGUGAAGAAUAUUUAAACAAUCAGUUAGUUCCUGAACAUCGGGAGCUGAGCUAGAUAGCUAGCUAGUCACCUUAGCUAAUUGUAAGAAGCCGACAAAAUGGUAAGUAGGAUAGCCAGGUAACAUUAGGUAGCUAUCGAUAAGUUAGCUAGCUAAUGCUAGCUGACUGUAACGUUAGCUAGUCUAAUAGCUGAGUGUAUUUAUACAGAUAGCUAAGAUAUAUUUAUAUUUUUGCUUCAAAUCGACUUCCACAGCUCAUUGUGCUCAACAGUUAUGUAGAUGUCGCUGUCUACUCAGCUAAUGUAGCUAGCUAGUAGUUACCUAUCUAACUGAUAAACACUUGCUAGCUCGUCAAGUAAAAUAGUCUUGGCGAAUGGCUAAAGUGAACCCGUUUUGACAGCUGAUACAGGACUGAAAAAGAGUCGGUCAAGCAGACGAUGACAUCCGCCAAGGUCUCAGGUAGAGAUAGCUAGUUGGCUAACGACCUACAGUUGAGUACGUUUUGCUAACUGUUAAUGUUAUUUAGCAAACCUUUUAAGAAGAAGCUAGUUUAGUUUAGCAAGAUAAACGGCUUGCUUGCUUUUGCCUGGAUUCUGUCCACUUCAUUUAAAGAUUAACAUAAAGAAAAACACAACCUUACAGCUAUGCGCUUCAUGCUGCUGUUCAGCCGGCAGGGGAAGCUGCGGCUGCAGAAGUGGUACACGGCCACGGCGGAGAAGGACAAGAAGAAGAUGGUGCGGGAGCUCAUGCAGGUGGUGCUGGCCCGCAAGCCCAAGAUGUGCAGCUUCCUGGAGUGGAGGGACCUCAAGAUCGUCUACAAGAGGUAUGCCAGUCUGUAUUUCUGCUGUGCGGUGGAGGAGCAGGACAACGAGCUCAUUACCCUGGAGGUUAUCCACCGCUUCGUUGAGCUGCUCGAUAAGUACUUUGGCAGCGUCUGUGAGCUGGACAUCAUCUUCAACUUUGAGAAGGCUUACUUCAUACUGGAUGAGUUUCUGAUGGGGGGCGAGAUUCAAGAUACUUCCAAAAAAAGCGUCCUCAAAGCCAUCGAGCAGGCGGACCUACUUCAGGAGGAGGACGAGUCUCCAAGAAGUGUACUGGAAGAAAUGGGACUAGCAUAGGCAAAUUUUAACAUAAGCCUUUUUUAAAUAAGGCAAGAGGAGUUAUGGGACUGUUACCUAUUGGAAGGGAAGGGUUAAAGUGUGUGUGUGUAUGUGUACAUGGGGGGUGGGGAGAGGGGGAAUGUAAUUUCUUCAACUCUGGUACCACUGGGUUCAACAUAUGAUCUUCUAGAGCCCCUGUUGUCAAAAUUGUCAAAAAGCCAUUUUAGUAGUCAGUCGUUUUGUUCAGCUCUCUUAAGCUAUUUUGGCUUCUGCAUCCUGGAAGGUGUCCUAAAUGAAAUCUAUCCGAUGACUCAUAUGAUAAUCACUGAAAUUGUGUGCCAUUUUUUUGGUGAAAAAUGGCAACACACAACACCAGCUUUUUGUUAAAGCUCUCUGUACAUUGUGUUACUAUUUAAGGAAUCACAGAUGGGUCACAAGUUUUAAUUUUGAUCUGGCUCAUCCUUUGAGCUCUUGCAGAAACAUAUUAACCUCUGUGACAAUUGUCAUGGCGACAGUGGAGAUUCGGGAGUUUUCAACAUGAAAAACCUAAACCAGUUUGGAACUGCUAAAAGGGACUUUUCCACCUUGCUGUUGCUUUUUUUUUCUACUCAGGUAAUGUGCCUAUCUUCUGCCUGCUUCUUUUUUGUUCGCUCUUAUGACUCAGUACUUGACAUGCAUCACUUAUCAGGAAUUGCUUUUCCAUGGGGACCACUCAGAUUUGUGACGCUCCUGUGAGUGAGCUCAGCCCUGAGGCAGCUCGCUCGGCCUGUCCCAUGUUAAUGCGUGUGGGCGACGGAAGCGAAUCUGCUUUGCUGCCCAUUAGUGGUAUCCGUGGUUAUGUCAAAUGAUUGCUCUGCUGCGGCCGCCCCUCCCCCUCGCCCUCUCCUGGCUCUGUGCUGUGCUCUGAUCCCGACACCUCUUUCCAGCAGGCCCGGUGCGGGAGAAAGAGCGGUGUGUGUGGAGAUGAGAUCGGACCGUGGCCGUCAGGGAUGCGUUUGCAAAGAAAGGGGAAAGGGUUCGCUUUUAGUUUUGAUACCUGUUGAAUGCUGGAAAGGACCGGACGAAAUAACGGGCUGAGGGAGUGGGGAGGUGAUUGGCCAUUAAAGUUGCGGUAAAUUUCAUUUAAAUUUAGUCCGUUCUGUGAAUUACUGAAAAAUUAUUAAUUUAUUGACUAUUAUGGGAAUGUUUCCAUUCGUGAAUAGCAUUUGAACUAAUUUCCUGAAUUAUAAGAAUUUGAAUUGAAUUGACUGCAAACCUGCAGGUCAUACCUUUUCUCUAAUGAGCCCUAGCCAGUUUCAGGUUCUCAAAAAGGGACAUACUUGAAGCAGACACUCACCCCAGGGUGAACACAUCAUUCAGUAGGCAUUGCAAUCAUUUUGUAGUUUUGAGACUUAAGGAAGGAAGUGAGGUCUGGGUAUUAAAACCACAUAUAUAGCACUAAUACACAUCCGCUGGGACACAAGCACACUGUCCUCAUCCUGUUUUCCAGUCAGUCUUUCCAAAGAGGUCUUUAAUGUCUUUAUUCCUGUAUUAAGGGGGGAGAGGAAAAACCAAAUUGCAAUCAAGGCACAUAAUAUUUUACUGCUUGUAUGUGUGUUUGCAGAAGCCUAACUGGACCAGCGUUUAAAAGGGUCCUCUGAAACAGGAGCUAUUGUGAAUACAGUCCCAAUUUUUAAGGGCUCAGAGUGAUCAUGAUUUCUUUUUUUUCUGUGAAUACAUUGAGGGAGGUGGGAGGUUAGCACAAGGACAUAUUGAUGUGCUAUUCUACUGUCAGGAACCUAAAGGGAAGUAUAUGUGAAUGUAAUUUUGUAAUGAAAAUACAAAGCAAAGAAAAUAAAAUACAAAGCGAAAGCAGUAAUGAACUGUUUAUUUAA